AAUCUCUUGCGAUGGGCUUGCACGUUUUCUGGCCUGCCUCGGCCUGCCUGACCCUCUUCGUAGUUUGCGUCAUAAUCGUGCUUCUGAAAUACGGCACACGUGUCUGCAGACUGCGACACGAACCGCUGCCAUCCGAUCAGGAGUGGGAGGGUAAAGCCUACUCGAGAAAAUUAUCCGCUUCCGUGUGAACCAACAGCAAAAUGUCCCGAAAAAGUUGCGUCUAUAAAAUCGUUUUUUUUUUUUUUUUUUUUUUACAAAAAUUAAAUAGCCAUUAAAUUAGACCAACAUGGAGAUAAAUUACUCGCAAAAUUUUUAUAAUUCUAUUCUUUUUUCGGGACACGCAUCUCUUAUAUAUUAUAUAGACGCAGUAUUAGAGUCGUGUAAGAAUAAUCUGACACAUAUUCCGUCCAUUUGCUGCACAUUUGUACUAAUGAUUUUAUAUAUAUAUAUAUAUAUAUAUAUAUAUAUUAAUAUAUAGACAUAUAUGAACGUGUAUGUCAUCGGAAAUCAGUGUAAUAUGAUUGUUCGAAAGAAAUUUUUAUAUAUAGAUUCGAUCUUAAUUACUUUUUUAUCUCUUUAACGAGACGUCAUUGAGGGAAAAUGAAUUUUAUAUCCGUCCAAAUCUCUCUUUUGACGUCAUUUUUAUUAUAUAUCUUUAUUCGAAAUGAUAUAAUCUCUCGAGCACUUUUGUAAUUUUUGUAUUAAUACAUUUACAAAUAAAACAAAUGUAAUAAGAA